AUGGGAGCCACUACAUCUAUGGAGCUCAUUAAAAUUGCUCAGGUCCCGAUAGCAUUGCUGUCCAUCACCGGGUUGGACGGCAUCCUCUGGCCCACGCAGACGCUGCUGCAAGAUAAUGCAAUUUACGACUAUAUCGUGGUGGGCGCCGGCUCGGCAGGUUGUGUAGUCACCAGAAGACUCGCUGAGGAUGGAAACAACUCCGUGCUGGUACUAGAGGCUGGAGACGAUCCUCCUAUCACUGCUAUGAUAGCUGGAACAUUCGACUUACUGCCGGGAUCGUACGUGGACUACAACUACAAAUCCACUCGAGAUGAGUACGCGGCUCGCAGCCAGAACAACUACACGAUGCUCACUGCAGGGAAAAUGUUGGGUGGAAGCGAUUCACUGAACCACUUCAUCCACACCAGAGGAACGAAAUAUGAGUACAAUUGCUGGGCCAAAAAAACCAAAGAUGAUUCCUGGAGAUAUGAAAACAUACUUCCUUACUUCAAAAAAAGCGAAAAGGUAGAUGAUCCUGAAAUAUUACAAGCAUAUGGUGAAUAUCAUGGCGUACAUGGUCCUAUGGGUAUUACACGACAACCGGAAAAUGACACAGUCGGUGAUUUAUUAAAAGCUUUCGCUGAAGUUGGUAACCCAACAGUAUUGGACCUAAAUGCAAACGUUUAUGUCGGUUAUACGCAACCACAGUACAUGUUUGCUGAUAGAAAACGACAGACGCCGGCGUACACAUACCUCAGACCAAUCAAAGAUUACUCAAAUCUACACGUUUCUAAAAACACGCGAGUCACGAAGAUCAUUUUUGAUGGUAAGGUAGCAGUCGGCGUAGAGGCGGUGUUUAAAGGCAAAACAUACAAACUCAGAGCUAAAAAAGAGAUAAUAGUAAGCGCAGGAGUAUACAAUACUCCCCAACUACUCAUGCUAUCUGGGAUUGGUCAUAGAAAACAUUUGAAGUCCUUUAACAUCGAUUUAGUUCAAGAUCUGCCUGUAGGAGAUAACCUAGUAGACCAGGUCGCAGUCGCGUUAGUUCACAAAUUGAAGAAACACCCGAUACCUAUCCCUGCCAUACCCAAUGACUUGACAAAAAUACCUUUCCCUGUUUUCGUCGGAUCAGCGGCUGUGAACAAAACGAAAAAAAUUCCAGAUUACCAAACGUUCAACCUGUUCUUCGGCCACGAUUUAUCGUAUUUGACUAUUGCUUGCGCUCAAGUGUUUGGUCUGCGGAACGAAAUAUGUGACAGAUGGCAGAAACAAGUCGAAUCUAGAGAUUCGUUGUACACCGCGCUGACCCUACUACAACCAAAAUCAAGGGGCACGGUGCGUUUAGCAAGCAGUAAUCCAAUGGAUAAUCCAAGUAUUACUACUGAUUACUUUACUAAUGAGGAAGACUUGAAGCGCAUGGUGUCGUAUGUAAAAGACUUCGCUUCUGUUGGUAAGAGCGCAUAUUUUAAAGAAAUUGGAGCCGAAUUAGUAGGUCUCAAUCUUCCGGAGUGUGCUGAUAAGAAGGCUGGUAGUGACGAGUAUUGGACAUGUUACGUACUGAAUCACGCUAGCAGUGUCUACCAUAUGACCAGCACUUGUCCCAUGGGAACAGUGGUAGACAGUCAAUUGAUGGUGAAAGGUGUGGAUAAGUUAAGAGUGGUUGAUGCUAGUGUGAUGCCUCGCAUCCCUCGAGCUGCUCCUAAUGCUGCCAUCAUCAUGUUGGCUGAGAAAGCAAGUGAUAUGAUCAAGAGUGCUAACCAAUGA